AUGGAACCGGUGGUGAACGACGGCGCCGCCGAACAGAUUAUCCUCCGAUGGGAUGCCACGGCCUCGGAAGACGCCAGGGUCCGUAUGAUCUUCGACGGGGAUCGGCAAGAGAUUGAGCGUUACUUGCAGGCCGUCGAUCAAAUUCAACGAUCCAUGGACUCAACUACACUGUCGGAUGAUGACCAGCAGUCAACAAAAGUCAACAAUGCAAUCCAGAUCGCCAUGGCUCGUCUCGAGGAUGAGUUUCGUAAUAUACUCAUCACCAACUCUACUCCGAUCGAGACCGAAUCUGUCACUGAGUCGAUCUCUUCAACUCGCUUGACUACCAGAACCAAUAGCUCCCGCAGUGAGUCGCCGGAAAACGAUGAUUGCAGCAACAGAGGGGAAGACGACGCUGUUUCCAGAGAUGGCUCUUCUUCCUUUCCGGAACGCAGUGCGACAUUUGAGAGCUGCAGAUCUAUGACCAGCAUUCGCGAGCAAGAUCUCAUACCAUCGGAAAGCAUUGCUGAUCUCCGAUGCAUCGCCGAACGUAUGUUCACCGCCGGUUACUCUAGAGAGUGCGUGCAGGUAUAUGGAAGCGUACGGAAGUCUGUGGUGGAUGGAAGCUUCAAGAAGCUCGGUGUUGAGAAACUGAGCAUCGGCGAUAUCCAGAGGCUGGAAUGGGAUGCGUUGAACACCAAAAUCGGAAGGUGGAUACGAGCUGUCAAAAUCUGUGUUAGAGUCUUGUUCGCAAGCGAGAAGAAACUCUGCAAACAGAUCUUCGAGGAUCUCGGAACAGCGGCGGAUGAUGCUUGUUUCAUGGAAACAGUUAAAGGUCCGGCGAUUCAGCUUUUUAACUUCGUGGAAGCCAUUAGUAUUAGCCGUAGGUCGCCGGAGAAGCUGUUCAAGAUCUUGGAUUUACACGAUUCCUUAUUGGACUUAUUACCUGACAUUGACGACGUUUUUGAUUCCAAACCAGCCGAAUCAAUCAAAACUCAGGCGACGGAGAUACUCUCCAGAUUAGCGGAGGCUGCUAGAGGCAUGCUAUCGGAGUUUGAAGGUGCAGUUCUUCGAGAACCUUCUCGUGUUCCUGUCCCCGGUGGAACCAUUCAUCCAUUAACGAGAUACUCGGAUAAUUCCACUACUCCGGACAUGGAUUUCACCGACCACGAAGGUCAAUCACCAUUAGCUCUCCACUUAAUCUGGAUAAUUGCGAUACUGCAAUUCAACCUGGAAGGAAAAUCCAAACACUACAAAGACAAUUCCUUAGCUCAUUUGUUCAUCAUGAACAACGUCCACUACAUCGUUCAAAAGAUCAAAGGUUCAUCGGAGUUGAGGGAGAUGAUCGGAGAUCAGUACCUGAGAACUCUUACCAGGAUCUUCAGACAGGCAGCUACAAACCACCAACGAGCAACCUGGGUCGGAGUACUGCGGUGUUUGAGAGACGAAGGAUUACACACCACCAAAACUUUCUCAUCUGCUGGAGUUUCAAAGAGCUCUCUGAGAGAACGAUUCAAAUCGUUUAAUGCCAUAUUCGAUGAAGUUCACAGGACACAAUCGUUAUGGUUGAUACCCGAUGAACAGCUUCGUGAGGAGCUCAGAAUUUCCAUAUUGGAAACACUAAUUCCGGCUUACAGGUCGUUUCUUGGGAGAUUCAGGAAUCAUAUUGAGAGUGGGAGGCACCCUGAGAAUUACAUCAAGUACUCUGUUGAAGAUCUUGAGACUGCUGUGUUGGAUUUGUUUGAAGGAUAUGCAGCUUCACAGCACUCGAGAAGAAGAUCACAGUAA